AUGCACAAUUCCCUCUGGGACACCAGGACCAUCUCCUUCUCAGGAUGUGCUGCACAGCUCUUUUUUUUUGUGUUUUUCAUGUCAUUAGAGGUUUCCCUCCUGACCGUCAUGAGCUACGACCGCUACGUGUCCAUCUGCAAACCCCUGCACUACGGGACCCUCCUGGGCAGCAGAAUCUUCAGGGCUGUGCUGAGGAUCCCCUCUGAGCAGGGACGGCACAAAGCCUUUUCCACCUGCCUCCCUCACCUGGCCGUGGUCUCCCUGUUCUUCAGCACGGCAGCAUUUUCCUACCUGAAGCCCUCCUACAUCUCCUCCCCAUCCCUGGAUCUGGCUCUUUCAGUUCUGUAG